GGCCAGCCGACGCUCCUUUGACCUCGAGCCAACCAUCCGCUUCGAUCGCCACUUUGACCAACUUGCACCUCUUCAAGCCUCUGCUUCUGUUUCCCUUGUUCCAACAACCGCCCAAAACACCGCCAUCAUGAACCCCGAAUACGACUACCUCUUCAAGCUCCUCCUCAUCGGUGAUUCCGGUGUUGGAAAGUCUUGCUUGCUGCUGCGAUUCGCCGAUGACACCUACACCGAGUCUUACAUCUCCACCAUCGGUGUUGAUUUCAAGAUCCGAACGAUAGAACUCGAUGGCAAGACCGUGAAGUUGCAGAUCUGGGAUACCGCCGGCCAGGAGCGUUUCCGAACCAUCACCUCGUCUUACUACCGCGGUGCUCACGGCAUCUGCGUCGUCUACGAUGUCACUGAUAUGGACUCCUUCAACAACGUCAAGCAGUGGCUCCAGGAGAUUGACCGGUAUGCCACCGAAGGCGUCAACAAGCUGCUCGUAGGCAACAAGAGCGAUAUGUCCGAUAAGAAGGUUGUCGAGUACACCGUUGCCAAGGAAUUCGCUGACAGCCUGGGCAUCCCAUUCCUCGAGACUUCCGCCAAGAACGCCAGCAACGUUGAGCAGGCUUUCCUGACCAUGGCUCGCCAGAUCAAGGAGCGCAUGGGCACCACGACUGCCAACAACACGAAACCCAGCGUGCACGUUGGCCAGGGCCAGGGUGUCGGCAACUCUUCCAGCAGCAGCUGCUGCUAAAUGUAUUCCCCUUUGAUGGUUUCGUGUGGUUCGCUUUGUCGUGGCCGAGUCUGGUGACAGGAUGAUUAGAGCAGUGUGACGUCCUCUGGGAAACGACUGAACAAUGUUUGUUAUGACCUUUUUCUCCAUUAUUCUAGGGUUUCAGUUUGCCCCAUUUCUGCGCAUAGAUUACAUCAUGUCUAGUUGGAUCUCGCCCCUUCAGACACACGCACGCACAACGUGGCAAUCUCGCUUGCUUUUUAGGACACAUUAGGGUCGGACGGGAAAGGGAGAAGACGGUCAUACGGGAGGAAGGACGUGAUACACUUUGGGAACAAGGCGCAAAAUUCAAGAGAGAUGAGGACCUUACGGUUGCGCUAGCUGUACUUUCACGCCUUCCUUUUUUCCCAUAAUGACUCCCUCCCACAAAGAUAUCUAUGUGGGAGAAUAAUGGACGCUUAUGGAAACUAUGGCCUUUGCAGCAAGCUUUGGUUUUUUUUUUUUAUUAUGUUGGUAUUAUUUGUUCACUAUCUUCGUCGCUUUCAGCUUUUCGUGGUGCUUCAUCCCGGAAGGCUUUCCGGUACCUUUUUUCGUCUUCGCAACCCUUCUUUUUACGGGAAUGGGGGGUACCAUUAAUACACAGGGGAAUUGCGC